AUGUAGUAUACACUUAUAUUUAUGUAGUAUACAUAUAAAUUUAUAGUAUGUACACUAUAAAUUUAUGUAGUAUACACUUUUUUACAACAUAAUGUAACUCAAAUAAUUAUAUUUUAUAGCUUAGUAUUAGUAAACUAUAAAACAUAAUGUGUUAAUAUAGAUGCACUAUCUUGUAAUUUAAUUUCACUUAUUAUUAAUAAUAACCUAGAUAUAAGAUUGCUUUCCAAGUAAGAAGUCAUAAGCUUUUAAUAAAAAAUAAAUAUUAAUAUUACACAUAUAAAUCUUUAUUUACCUCUGGUAGAUUCGUGAAAUAUUUAACAAAGCUGACUUGGGAUGAUGGAUCUAAAAUAUUUAAUUAUAUAUAUAUAUAUUAUAAAAGAAUAAAUGAUAUGUUAAAGAGUAAAAGUUAUUUACCUAUAUUAAAUUGCUGAUUUGGUUGUACAGCCAUUAUUAAUAUAGAAAUAAUACGUUUAAUAUUUAACAAACAAAUACAAGUAAUAGAAAAUUAAAUAAUUGCAAACAUAAGCGUUUCACAAUCAAUUGUACAGUAUAACUCCACCAACGUAUGUAAUAUUUGAGUAUAAAAGAUCUUUCAUUUUCCCGCGAAAAUUUCAUACAAGUAAUAAAAUAAAAAGAAAAGUUUCUAGAAUGUAAAAAAUAAAUGUUUCUAAAAUUCUACUCAACUGAUCUAGAUCCUAAUUGUAAGAUACGUUGGCAAUUGUCGUGGGUUAAUAAUUUUUGAUGUUGGUAACAUAUUACAAUAGCCGCACCAUCUGAUGCUAAGUAUUAAUAAUAUAAACAUAUUAACAAAGCAUAAUAGUAAUGAGCCACGUGUGUUUGUUAUUAAUUUAAAAAAAAUCAAAUUAUAUAUGUAAUUGUGAUCUGUAAAAUAUAUCAUAACAAUAUAAAUAUAAUUAUAUGAUUUUGACUUGUACAAAUUCAAUUUGAAACAAACAAAAACAAUGAGUUUCUGUGCAUAUGAUUCGGAUAUUGUUAUAUGCAACAAUGAUCAUUUUAUCAUGUAUAAUAUUAAUGAUAACUUAAUAAAUAAUAUAGAAUUACCUCAUGUGGAAUGUGAUAAGAUAGGUAAUAUACAUAAUAAUGUAGAUAUUGAAUCAUAUCAUAUGAUAAUAAGUACAACAUUUUCUAAUGAUGGCAAAUAUUUGUUGAUAUGCACAAAUCGUAAACAAUUGUGUUUAUACGAUCGAAAAAGUAAAGAACUUAUAUCGAAUAGAAUAUUACCUAGAGCAGCAAGUAAAGUUAUAUUUUCUCCAAACAAUGAUAUAAUUGUUGCCGAUAAAGCUGGAGACGCUUAUCUUUUUUCUACAACAAAUCCAGUAGAAAAUGGAACUUUACUUUUGGGACAUUUAUCUAUGCUAUUAGAUAUACUUGUAACUGAAGACGGAAAGUAUAUUUUAACGACUGAUAGAGAUGAAAAGAUUCGUGUAUCAAUGUUUCCACAUUCAUAUAACAUUGUAUCAUAUUGUCUUGGACAUAGUAAAUUUGUGACAAAUAUUUGUGAACUACCUCAUAAAAAAGAUAUUUUAAUAUCAUCAGGAGGAGAUGGAACUCUUAAAUUUUGGGAUUAUGUAUGUGGAAAUGAACUAUUGACUGUUAAUUUUAGUGAAAAAAUUCCUAAAUAUAAUAUUGAUAAUUUUAAUGAAAUUCUUAAAACUAAUCAUGAAGAACAUGUAAGUGUGUUACCAGUAAAACAUCUAAAGGCUACGAAACUUAAUAAAUUAUCGUCCUUAGUUGUUAUUAGUUUUUAUAGUAGUAAUGUAUUACUAGUAUAUAUUGUUGAUGAAACAGUGGAUUCACAUUUAACUGCCACUUGGAGUGAAAACAUAAUAAUGGAAGAUGAACCUUUAGAUUGUUUUUUAAAAAAUAAUCAAUUGUGGAUUUUAACUAAUUUAGAAGUAAUCGUAUAUAUUUUAGACAAUAAUCAUUUUGUAUUAGAUUCAACUACAAAUAAUACAUUAAAAGAAUUAAAUAAAGCUUGGAUGUCAUUGAAUAAUAAUACAAAUAGGAAAAAUUUAUUUCCUAGUUUGUACAAAAGAAAAUAUGAUAAUGUACAACAGUAUUUAGAAAGAAAAAAAUUACGUCUACCAAGUACUUUGGAAUAAGGAUUUUCAGUCAAUAAAAAAAA